CACAAAUGUCCCUAUCAUUAAUAUUGCUGCUAAUAUCCUCUCUGAACUUCCGCCAUCAUGGGUCGGAAGCCCAAAUCAACAAGUUCCAGCCUUCCAACAGCCAGGAGCAAAACGGAGUCCAUGAUCACCAGCAUGAGAAUAUGAUCACAGUAUCGGAGGAUGGAUUUGUUCAGAGUCCACGGUUUCCUCAGAAUUAUCCUCGGGAUGUGGUGCUGGUGUGGAGAUUAAUAGCAGCCAAUGAGAACAUGCAAAUACAAAUGACCUUUGAUGAGAGAUUUGGACUUGAGGAGCCAGAGAAUGGACUGUGCAAGUUUGACUUUGUGGAGAUCGAAGACCUUAGCGAUGGCACCAUUAUUGGACGGUGGUGUGGUACCAAGGCAGUGCCGGGAAUGCAGAUAUCAAAGGCAAACCAGGUCAGGAUACGAUUCCGAUCUGAUGAAUAUCUGGCUUCAAAACCCGGCUUCUGCCUUUACUACUCCCUCCUGGAACCUCCUAACCUGAAUGGGAACACACUACCAGUGGUAACCACAUUCAAAACGGACCACUUUGAAAGCUCAACUGUAUUGCCACCAUCCUCGCUGUCUUUAGAUACUUUGAAUGAUGCCGUCUCUGGGUUUGACACAUUAGAAGAGCUGAUUAAGUACCUGGAUCCAGAGCGAUGGCAGUUGGAUUUGGAGGACUUGUACAAACCAACCUGGCAGAUGCUUGGAAAGGCUUUUAUGUAUGGUAGAAAAUCCAAAGUGGAUCUGAACUUGCUGAAAGAGGAGGUGAAGCUGUACAGCUGCACGCCACGCAAUCUGUCGGUGUCCCUGAGAGAGGAGCUCAAACGGACUGACACCCUCUACUGGCCUGGUUGCCUUCUGGUGAAGCGCUGCGGAGGAAACUGUGCUUGCUGCUCCCUCAGCUGCCUGGACUGUCAGUGCGUCCCCGUCAAAGUCUCAAAAAAAUACUACGAGGUUCUUCAGCUGCGAUACAGAAGCCCUGGGAGACGACUGCACAAAUCUCUGGCAGACGUAGCACUGGAGCACCAUGAGGAAUGUAACUGUGUGUGCAAAGGGAAAACAGGAGGCUAAAAGAGCUCAGCCAAUCUGUCCUUUGAAAGCAGAGAGAUGAACCAAUGAAUAAUGGGGCCCUGAGUGCAUUAUCUUAACCAGAAAUCACAGUCAGCUCAGUUUUGAACGCAUCACUUUCUAACCUUUUGGUGGAUUUGGGGGCACAGAUGCAUCAGCAAUCUGGCCCAUGGGUUGAACUGCAACAUAUAACAAAAGCUCCACAGCAAUAAAAUAUAGUUUGGAUGUUUUUUAGACAAUACAGAGAAACAAUGACCCUCACAAAGGAACACACUUCAGGUUCCUUUUCUCACCUUCAUCUUUGGAGGGAUUAAAACAAUGUUCCAAUGUUCCAGUUCUGAACUUGUUGAAGUUUCGGGAAAAAGAAACACAGUAUGUGUGCUGCCACUUGCUGUUUGUUUUGUUUGUUUCACACACCGUAUGGGUUGCAGUAUUUCUUCCCAUAUGCUGAAAACUUUCAAGAAAAUGUGUUCCUUUUGCGCUUCUUUCUCUUUGUGUGACAUUACUUCCUGUGUGAAUUAGUCAUCAGUCCCUUCCAUGUACAGUUACUUUGACAGUUUUCUUUGUUCUUCUGCAACUUCAGCUGCAAUGCUCCAGCAAUGUGUCUCCCGUUGAACAGCUUAUUGUUUAAGAACAGAGUUGGAGCAAUGAGAAGACUUGGCUCAACAGAUGUUUCUACCGGCAUUGCCUAAUCAUGUGUAUAUUUUUGAAAUCUUCUCAUCUUGGCUAAUUAUGACUGAAGCUUUUUUUUUACAUCACAUUAAAUGUAUCUAUUUUGUACCAAACUUAUUUAAGAUAUUAGCUUUUUUUCCUUGUCUGGGAUGACGUAAAAUUUUACAACAUUUACAAAAAAAAAGGGAAAUGGGUUGAUGUGAUGAAGGGCACAGCUAUAUUGGACUGUCGGUGCUGGUGCUUUGUGCAAUCUUUGUAUCUUUUUGUAUAGUUGUUCAAAUGCUCUGACUAGACAUAGUUUCUAACCAUGUGCCUACACUGCUCAUAAAGCACUUGUAUCUCUAUCUA